GCGGCUAGAGCAGCGUGCUCACGCGACCUCUCUCCCGGAGCGGCUGUGCGCAUGCGCACGGAAUUCCACUCGUCUGUUCCCCCGCCCGCCCGCGUCCGAAGCUCUCGCUUCUCAAGCUGGAGCGCUGGAGGAAAAGAAAAAAAAGAACAGCUGAUUUGGAGCGUAUUUUACAUGAAACACACGAAAGGAACGGAUGUGCUUCCGAAAACGAAACGGCUAUCGCCCUCCAGACCAUUUCAAUGCGAAAAUCUACACAGGCCCUAUCCCAGUGGAGCGAGAGCCCUCGAUGGUGCGGGGUGGGCAAACCCCUCUACAGAUCGCUACGACAACUCCACAGCGCCCCAAUGCCUGCUGCUUUUGCUGGUCCUGCUGCUGCAGCUGUUCUUGGAGUGAGGAGCAGCGGAGGGCUCGAAGGAGAACCAAGGACACUCGGCUGGAGACCACCUCUAACUGUGAAGUAUGCACGUGGCACCUCCACAGCGCCAAGCCGACGCCAGAGGAGGCCCGGCAGUGGUCACAGUCCUUCGAUCGGCUGAUGAGGAGCCCUGCGGGCAGAAACACGUUCAGGGAAUUCCUGCGCACUGAGUUCAGCGAGGAGAACAUGCUCUUCUGGCUGGCCUGUGAGGACCUGAAGCAGGAGCUCAGCACGAGUGCCAUCCAGGAGAAAGCCCGGCUGAUCUACGAGGACUAUGUCUCCAUCCUGUCCCCGAAGGAGGUGAGUCUGGAUGCCAGGGUGCGGGAGGUUAUCAACAGAAAGAUCCUGGAGCCAACACCUCACACCUUUGAAGACGCUCAACUCCAGAUCUACACGCUCAUGCACAGAGACUCGUACCCCAGGUUCCUCAACUCCCCCAUAUACAGAUCCCUGCUGCGCACUGGUUCUUGCUCAUCCUCUGAGACGUAGGUGACAGGGCACAGUCUGCAUCAGGCCCCCUACCCCCAGCUCUUAUUUCAGUCCUUCCUGCCACCUCUGUCUCAGGCCCCCGAGGCUCUGCCUUGUCAUGUACUAUGGUACCUGCCCCCAUACUUGGUGCCCAUCUUGCAAAGGUUGCUUUCUUCUGUCAGCAAGCCCCCCUCUUUGCCUUUCUCUGUUUCUCUGUAGUGGCUGAGCCACUAAACCAAGGAUAGAAUGUUUUGGGGAAAUAUGUUUUAUUUCAAUUUAUCACAUCUUUUUGUCUCUUUUGUCCUCCCUGCAGUUUUUAAAUUAUUUAAUUUGUUUUUGAAUUGGAGCCCACCGGAUCAUAACACAGAGACAAGUUUGUACUCCCUGUUUUGCGCCUUCAUUUCUUGCAACUUUGAACCCAGUGAGGGAACCACGAACCGCACUGAUAGUUUUAACUGCAAUAAGACACUGGAGUCAACCCCAUAAUGACUGUCCAUGCUUCUGACCUCACACCUUUCAAUCUUUCUACUGUUUGUCCCUCUGCUGCCUCAGAAAUGUGUCGGAAGCCUGUAGGUGCAGCCACUGAGUUGAAUAUUUGCAUAUUCCUGGUGAUGUUUGAAAGCUGUGUGUGUGUCCGCCCUUCCUUCCAUUUAGCAAAGAAAUACUCCCUUUUUUUUUAUUAUUUUUUUUAUUUUUUAAAAAAAAAAACAAUAUUAUUCACCCUGGUCAGAGACAAAUGCAGUCAGACAUAAUAACCAUGGUAUACAGAGUUGAAAAACAAGUGUAAAUAUCCACACACUCCAAAAUGUUUACUUCUUUACUAUUUUUGUCCUUUGCCUUAGGAGAUUUUUAUUUUGAUAUGAAUCUUUGAGAAAGAUUAUGUGUGCAGAGUGUUGUUAUAUACUCCUGUGACUGUGCAACUUCUGCCCACAUCAACCGGUGUGUGUUGGAGUGUGGCUGUCCUACAGCAUUAAAAUAAACACUGCUCUAAAAAGGCCAAGGACAGGCACCAGGUGGCAUAGCAGUUAAGGAUGUCUUGUAAUCAGACAUCAAAUGGGUAAAUCUCUUCAGAUGAAGGUGUUAACUAAGUGAAUAGUAAAUUGUAGCUAUGCUCAAGGAUUCAAGCUCAUGUCCUCACAGCACCACCUGAAGCAUAAGAGUAUAACAGUUUAAAAAAAAAAAAGAAAAAAGCCAUGUUAAUGUAUUUAACCCCAUUUAUUUGCUACUAAAAUGCUUAAAAUGAUGCAAUGGAAUGUGUGCAGUACAUAUCUGCACAGUUGGGGGUUUGGUUAGAACUACCAGCUACUUGAGUCAUUUCGGUUGUGAGUUUUCUACUGACAACUGGAACAUAAAAUUGCAUAAAUCAGAGUUUAGUGUGAGUGUAAUAGUAAUGUAGCUGACUUUGCAGAAAGUCGUCAUGAUAUGUGAUCUUUCCCCAAUUUUUUACCAUUUCAGUGGUUGAUAAGCUAAUUUUGAUGUCUCCCACAGCAACUGAAGAGGGAGGACUGCAGGUACACACCUCCUAGUUAGUAGGCGAGUAUUAUGUACCUGACCUGACCUGUUGCCCUCUUCACACCUGUCUCAUUGCAGCGAGUGUGAGACCUCCAGCUGCCAGAAAUGGUCUCUCUACAUUAAGGUCUUCAGUGACAGGUUCACCACUCUGUCUCUAGUAUUUGUUUGCGUUGCUAUGGUGUUCCCACAUGUUUCACGUGGCCAAACGCAAACCUCCCUUAUGUUGGCUUGGUUUGUUGUGACACCCUUGACUCUGACGGUGGCUCUAGAGCCUGUAUGUUGCUGUACCCUCGGUGUGUGAUGCUUGUGGGGUGAAGUGUGGAGUGGCCCUCCAACACUCUGGGCAAGGAGAACGUUACUUGUAAACACUCCUGUUCGUCAUGAGGAAUAACACAUCAGCUGUAAGAUGCAGUGUUGUCUUGUGAUGAGACAGGAUGGAAUAUGGAAUAUUAAUCAAGAGAGAUGCUCCUGUGGUCAAGUGUCUGGGAGAUGUAUCGUAUGUCUGUGCCCCCCCCCCCCCCCCACAGAAGGAUCCACUUUCCUUCCUGUGUGUGCCUGUGCUUCCCACUGUUCUCACUUCUCACUGUUCUCCACGCUGUUUACAUGUACAGCUGUACACAUCUGACCAUACCGUGUACAGACAGUAAAGCUGAAAACCCACAUGUGGAGUUACCACGUUUGUUCCCACAUCCUGUUUGGUAGUUCUGAUGUGCUGUCAGUCAGUUCCUCUUGGUGUUACUCUGCACCGACCAUUUUCCCGGUGGCCUAGCUCUGCUUAGUGUGAGUCUCUCUGUCUCCGUCUCUGUCUCUCUGUGUGUGUGGGGUGUGGACAUCAUGAACAGUAUAGCAAUACAACUUGCUGUAGAAAAACGCUCAUCUAAUCUCUGGUUUAGUAGAACAGAAGAAGGAAGAAACACUGAGAC